GCUGCCAAGGCCUCAGUGUCGCGGCCGCCGCUGAGCUGAGCCGUGCUGAGCUGCGCUCCCUGCUCGACCAUGCGUGCUGGAUUGUGUGGAGUGCUGCUGCUGCUAAUGGCAGCAAGCGGCGUGGAAGAAGGUAGCCAGCAGGAGAGCCAGAGGAGGGACUCGUACCUGGAGGCCUACGAGGACUCGCACGGCUUGGACGACAGUGACAAUGAAGUAGAGUUCGAGCCAUCUCCGGCCUAUCACUCACCCUCGCACCCGCCACACUAUCCUCCCGCCCGUCCUUCGUACAGCACGCAUCCGUCACCAUCUUACAGUCCACCAACACCAUCUUACGGUCCACCGACGCCAUCGCACGGCCCACCGAAGCCAGCUUAUGGCCCACCAUCACCAUCUUACAGUCCAACGCCAUCGUAUGGCCCACCAUCACCAUCUUACGGUCCACCGACGCCUUCUUCUUAUGGCUUGCCAUCACCAUCUUACAGUCCACCAACUCCAUCCUACCGUCCACCGUCCCCAUCUUAUGGCCCGCCCUCGGGCCACGCCUACAGCCCUGCAUACGGCGCACCCUUCUCCAUUUUGACUGGCCUUCUGGAGAAGCUAGACAUUCACACCAUCCUCUCAAUUGUGCUGAAGGUAACCAUUUUCAAGCUAAUCGUCAAGUUCAUCGCCAUACUGUGCCUACUGCUGUUCAUACCCAAGUUUGAGAAGAUCAGCGACGCUGGGAGCAGCGGCAACAAUGGCGGCGGUAGCAACGGGAACUCCACGGACAUGGAUGACGAGAGGAGCCUUUGGAGCCGCUCAGGCAGAAACGCACGGAUGGACGGCCUGACGAGACUGGUGUGGACCGCUCUGGACGACAAAGGCCGGUCUUGCAGUGACACCGGUCGGGCGAUGAGCUGCCUCGGCUCCAGGAACACCUUCACAAGGUUGCCGGGAAAGUACGUCCCAACCGCACAAACAACGGUACUGAAGAGAACCAACUCCACCACAAAACUGCGGAAAGUGAAAUGAAAGUUGUGCGCUGUGAGCUCGGAGCGAGGAGAGUGACUGUCAGCUCGAAGAGUGACGCAAGAGUGAAGCUGAGGACGAAGCACGGAGCCAGCCACGCGCAGGCAUCACAAGUGCAACAACCUUCAUGAGAGGUUUGCUGUGGACAAUUCAGUUUGAAAAUGUUCAACGUUGUGAAAUUGUACAAUCAUAGUCAUAAGUUGCCAUAUUUUGUUAUUUAUUUAAAAUUAUAUUUAAUUAUUUGAUGUAGUGUGUUGUGUUUACAUGAAGUUUAGACUUCAUAUUGAAGACUUGAACCACAAACACGUAGGUACGUGUGCACGCGCACAAGGCUGAAAUGGUAUCCACACCGUCGCUACCGGCACAUCUUCACAUCGUCUGGACACCGCCCUUUCUGCCUUGGUUAUUACAAACUAGACUGUCAGCUUUCAGAAACUGCAACUAACAACUUUUCCGAUUAGCACGACGAGUUUACAUGUCUGCCCUUUUUAUUCAAUAAAUAAUAAACCGAAA